AUGAGGAGUAGAAAAUACUGGACUGGGGAGAAAGCGCUGAAGCCCUGGGAAGGGUGCCCCUGGGGCCCCGGGUGCUGCCCUUUGCCCUCCUCCUGCCACUCUGUUUGCCGCGCUGGCAGGAAGCCUGCUGAUCCAGGGGCUGGCCGUGGUGGACGCCGCCCUGCACCCACCACAUACUUCUUCCUGGGGGAUCUGUCUGCCAAGGAGGCGGCCUACGUACCAGUGCUGGCUCCGCGCGUGCUGGCCGGCCUCCUCCUGCUGCCCGGGGGCCGCCCAGAUGGGCCUCUUUGUGCCUCCGGCUGCCUGCUGCCGGCGGCCGUGGCCCUGGGCCACUACCCGGCUGUCUGCCGCCCUCAGCUCACGACUGUGGGGCUCUGCUGGUGCCUUCUCGCCGCCUGCUGCGUUGGGGGCUCUCUCCUGGCCUUGGGCCUCACCACGGCCAUCUUCCAGCUGCCCUUCCGCCGUGGGGGCUUAGUCAACCACGUCUUCCGCGACCUCCCGGCCGUGUCGGUGUUGGCCUGCGGGAACCGGGACCUGCAGGAGCACGUCCUGCUGGCGGCCUGUGUGCUGCUGGGGGUGCUGCCUCUGGCCCUGAUCCUUUCUCCUACGCCAGGGCGGUGCUGGUCAUCCUGGGGGGUUCCUGGGGCUGCGGGCCACCGCAAGGCCUUCAACACGGUGGCGUCCCAUCUCACGGUGGCCUGGGCAUGCUCCACGACGGCUGCGCCACGGCCACGUACGCCAGGCCACCGAGCAGCCACUCCCUGGAGGAGGACAGGCUGGUCUCAUUCAUCUACAUCAACCUCACUUCCCCGCUCUACCCGGCCAUCUACACGCUGCGGAACCGGGACGUGCAGGGGGCACUGCAGCGGGUGGUCAGCCCCAGGACACCAGGCGCCGUCCACCAGGCUGAUGUCACCAAAUGCUGGAUGCCAGGUGGAGUCUGUUCUGAAAUCUCUCCACCACCCCCGGAUGGAAACCUCACAUUCCAGAACCAUCUGUGACUCCCCGAAGCCUACCGGACACAACCUGGGUGCAGCGGACAAGGACUCCAAAAUCAGACUCCAGCCUGCUGCUUCUGCAUCUAGUGACUUUUUUUUUUUUUUGAUGUGGACCGUUUUAAAAGUCUUUAUUGAAUUUGUUACAAUAUUGCUUCUGUUUUAUGUUUUUGGGUUUUUGGCCAUGAGCUAUGUGGGAUCUUAGCUCCCCGACCAGGGAUCGAACCCACACCCCCUGCACUGGAAGGUGAAGUCUUAACCACUGGACCACAAGGAAGUUCCUCUAUUGACAUUUUGAGCUGGAGAGUUCUCUCUGGUGGCAGGGGGAUUGUCCCCGUGCAUUGUAGGGCGCUUAGCUGCACCCCUUGUCUCCACCCAGAAGAUGCCAGUAGCACACACCACUCCCCCAUCCAAGUUGUGAUGAUCAAAAAUGUCACCAGACAUUGCCAAACAUCCCCUGGGGACAGGAUCACCCCUGGUUGAGAACCACUGCUCUGAAUCGUAGCCACACAGAAUCUUUUGAAGAGGAGUGAGUAAGGAGUCUAUGGCAGCACUGUUUAUAAUAGACAAAAACUGGAAAAUAAUCCAAACAUUCAUGAACAUAGAAUAGAUACAAACAGCUUGUGGCAUAUGCAUGCAAUGGAAUACUACACAGCAAUGAAAAAGAAUGAACUACUGCUACUGGCAAAAAAAUAAGGACCACCCAGAUGUAAUACUGAGUGUAAGAAGCAAGACACAAAGAACACUUCUGGAUGCUUCCAUUGAAAUAAAGGCCAAUGACAAACUCAUCUGUGGCGGUUGAUGUCAUCAUAGUAGUUAACUGGGGGAAGGGUUUGAAUUGGCAGAGGGCACAGGGAGGUUGCCUGGGUACUGGAAACAUUCUAUAUCUUGACUUGGGUGGUGGUUACGUGGGUGUUUGUGCAGAACUUCACAGAGAUGCAUCCUUAAAAUCCAUGUAGUUUGUUGUACAUGAAAUGAACUGUGGCUGGUUCAAGCUAUUCACAAAGACAAGCCUUCAAGUCAUCAUGCCUUCACUCAUGCUGCUUUUUGCCCCGGUACACUCUGUUUCCACUUAUGAAAAUCUCUUGUAUUAUUCAGUGAUCAGUCCAGAUACUGUACCUGUUGUAGACUGAAGGUGUCCCCACCCAAAUUCACAUGUUGAAAUCUAAUCACCAUUAUUAGUUUGUUAUUAGGGGGUGGGGUCUCUAGAAGUGAUUAGGUCAUGAAGGUGGAGCCCUCCUGAAUGGAAUUAGUGCCCUUAUGAAAGAGGCCUGGAAGAGCUCCCUCACCCCUUCUGCCCUGUGAGGACCCAACAAGAAAGCAGUCUGUCUCCGAGCCCGGAAGAAAGUUGUCACCACACUGAAGCUGCCGGCACCUUGACCUUGGACUUCCAGCCUCCAGAACUGUGAGAGAUACAUUUCUGUUGUUACAAGCCUCCAGCUCUAUGGUAUUCUGUUGUAGUCGCCCGAACGGACUAAAACGGCACCCUUUCCUUCCUCCUCUCAGUUGCAACAGUUGUCACUCUAGAAUGUAAUCUCAGCAUCUGCUUCACUUCCCAAUCACCUACCCAGUCCCCCACUUCCCCACUCACAAUUAGGCUGUGAGCCCCAUAAUAUAGCCAGAUUGCAGAUCCUGUUCUUACAUUUUAAGAUCUUAAAUAAAUGUUCUUAAUAAAUGUUUGUUGGAGGAAUAAGCCCUAGACAAGCUCUGAGUUCUUUGGGGUCUCACACACUGGCUGUAGGGAGGGGACACGGCUCUCGAGUCCUGCCAAGGACAAGAAUCUCUAAGACUGACUCCUCUUUGGGGUCUUAGAGCAUCAGAGCUGGCUGUGAAAACCCAGCUGGACAGCUUGGACCCAACUUUCCAAUGCAGGGAGGCUUAGAAGCAACGCGUUUGUGUCUUGACAUAAUAAACUGCAUUCGGAAAACUUGAUAGCUCUGCUUGUACCCCCAAGGCCAGGGUCCCAGAUUCCGUGAGGGGGAACUUUUCCUAAAAAUGCCUCCUGAAGGGUCGGUCAGAAACUAGAAGUCUUAGAGCCAGAUCAGUGCCGGUAAAUACCGCCUACCUAACCUCCUGGCUGGAGAAACCACACGUCUAUGAAAACUGAUUCGAAGGCUGGGGAGAACUGAUCUGUGCAGGCAACGUGGGACACCAGAAUGACUAUCAGCUGCCUCAGAAAUCUCCGCAUCUCCCGAGACGGGGUGAGGCCUGAGGGCCACCAGCAGUCCUGUUAUCCGCACUGUACAUGAUUGAGAGUGAUGACCACAACCAAAGAAACCUUUGCAUUUGACCGCCUGGUGGGGAGCCUUGGUGGGAGCUGUCAGGUUGCUGAGCACAGGUGGCUGCACCUGCUUUGGCGUUGAGGUAGUACAACACAAUGAUUCGCGACCUGUGUACAUUGCGAAAUGAUCACCGUCAUGACUGUAGUGAACAUCACUUCAUGUAAUUGCCAAAUUUUAUUUUCUUGUGAUAAGAACUUUCAAGAUUCACUCACUCAGCAACUUUCGAAGAUGCAAUACAGUUCCAAGUUUCAGCUUCUAAUUCUCUAUUACCCGCCACGCUGACAACUGACUUGGCCUUGGGGAUGUUACCAUAAAGGUCUGCAGUGGAAUCCCGGGCAGCCGGACUCAUAGGCAGCUGCUUCCCCUCAGGGUGUCCCAAUCAGCCUCACUGGGAUCGGGCUCACCCCCACCAGCGCAGAGGCAGCAGGAUCACCGGAGCUGGGACCUCGGAGCCUAGAACCAGUGCUUUGGUGAGUCGGUGGUGGCUGAGUGCUCAUGGCAGGGUGCAUCUCAGCCCUCACCUGCCCCGACAGGACCUUUUGGAAACCGGGGCCAAGUCUCCUAACAGUCAGCAGCUGGGUCUGUGCCUGGAGUGGGGAAGUACACCCAAAGUCUAACACCCACUGGGGGAGUUCACCCUCCACGGGGCAGCAACCUGUGGGAGACACAGCCACAGCCCGUUUGCCAGCCAAAGGCAU